UUUACUUUUGAUGCUGUAACUUGAAUUCUGGUUGGUGGUUAGGUAUAUAUUUUCAUGUCAUAGAGCACAUGCCACACUUUAUCUGUUAAUUCAAGCGUCAGCUAUGUGUUUACAUGCACUGAGGUAACUUGGUUAUCUUUGUUGUUCUGUAUCAACCCUGUUCUCACAGUGACAUGUAAACAAACAUGUCAUGGUGCAGUUCUAUGACAUUAUAUAUUACAUUACAACCCUUCAGACAGGAACAUGUAUCAUGGCAGCUAUACAGAGGAACUGUGGUGUGUUCUGUUUCCAAACAAAUUCAAUGCAAUCCUAAAUCUGAAUAUGAAUUAUCAGUUAUCAGAUAUCAGAAACUGUGACAAUAUUUUGACACAUCCAGUUUCUUCUUUUUUUCCAGGUUCCCAUUCUCUCGAGUUCUUGUCAACAGGAAGUGUGCAGCCUGGAGAUGGACCUCAGUUUGAGCAACUGACUGUAUUUGAUGGAGUUCCCAUCUCUCACUGUAAAGGCUCGACCAAAAGAGAGGAGCUCAAACCUGUCCUUGAAUCAGCAGACUUACCUGAAUACUGUGUUGAAGCACGAUCUGAUAUAAUAGAAGCUAUCCAUGAGAUUCCACCAUCCAUCAACUGCACUGUGUAUUGUUUACUACAGCGGCGGCGUGGAUGCACCAGGUCACCCAAUGGGACGAUCUCUUCUUUUGACGUCUGGGCAGUGAAUGGAACAGACUUCAUAAACUUUGACCCUGAAUUGAUGAGAUGGACGUCCUGGUCUCCCUCUGCACUACAAGUUCAACAUCUGUGGAACAAAAAAGUAGCUCGGAAGAAUGCCUUAAAUCACUUCAUCAGAGAACAAUGUCCACUGAUUCUGCAGAGUAUUAACUUGAGAUCAACACACCAUAAAACAGAGGUACGUGUAUUUGCCAAGCCAGAUGUUAGCACAGAUCGGGCACUGCUGACAUGUCACGUGACAACUACUGACAAAUCCGUGAGCUCAGUGCAGCUGAUUGGAAAUGGGGCUUCCCAAGCAAGAUGGGGCUCCGUAACUGGACCACUGCCUUCUGAAGACGGAUCUGUGAUCUUCAGACUGAGAGCUGGCAUCUCCCUCAACCAAAACACUAACAUCUACGGCUGUGCGGUACAAACAGGAGGUCACAACUUCACGGUCUUUUGGGAUGGGACUACUCUGGAUGGCAGACACCUUCUUUACGCUUCAAGUGUCUACUGGAAAAAUCUGGCACUGAUCCUUGGACUCGGCUGCAUUAUUGGUGCAAUCACUCUUCUGUGGUGUGCAAUAACUUUUCUGCUUCGAUGUGUCACGAGGUUUGAUCGUUCUUCGAGAGGUGAUCUAGAGAUGACACGGAUGCACAGAGCUGAGGACUGGAACCAGUGGAUGAUGCAGAUUACAUCUGAGGAACAAGACUUCUAUGAUCCAGAAUACUUUGGUCGUCACUUCGUAGUGCUGUUACCACCAGGGCCAAGGUGAAACCCUGGAGCAACAUGAAAAUUAGACUUCCCUCUUCCCAUCCUCCAAGCACCACCAGCAGCGAAGUGUUUUUGCAUAGUUUAAUUCAAAAAACAUCUUGUACACAAAUAUGCUGGCAGUCUGGGACAAAGGAGGUGAGCCCCUGGAGAGGAGCCGGCCCUUAACCUCUUGGCUUCGAACUUCGGCAGGAACCAAUCAACUCACCAUGGCAACCUACAAUCACUCAGACACACCUGCAGCCACACACACACACACACACACACACACACACACACACACACACACACACACACACACACACACACACAGGUAAAAUGAGGGUUAUUAAAACAGACAAAUCCAAACAUGUAUGUCCUCUAGGGUCCUAACAAGUGCACUGCUAUGAUUUGGGUUAAAAACUGAAAAAAAAACAAAACUGUAAACAGCAGGUUUUACUGUCAGUACCAUACAUGUAGUGUAGUGUACAUGCUGUGUACGUCUGAGGGCACUAUUUAGUGUCCACAUUGAGGCUGAAGACUUUUCAUUAAAGGUAAAAGUAAAUUAGUUUAUUCUUAAAUGAAUGAACCAACAGCUGCUGCAGAAAAUGAUUUAUGAUAAUAGAGAAAAAACAGCUGAUGUUACUGAUUUUGGAGUGCACAAAAAAAAACAUGAAAUGUAGUGAACAAUGUAGCAAGUAGGGAAUCAUAUCCUGUAUAUAGUCCUCCCUAAGGCCUGACUUCAGCCAGCACACUGUGACAAGAUACUGACAGAAAGUGUGUGGAGGAUUUAGAAUGGCUUACCACACCUUUAUGUUUCACACACUGUAUAUUGUAUCAUAUUAUGUAUUUGCAAGCACCAUAUAUGACACACUUCGUACGCUAUAUCAUUAUCUUAUGUAUGUAUAUUGUUAUAUGAAAAGCAAUGAGCCUGUGGGCCCAUGAACAUAAUUUCUUGUUAUGUGUCGAACAGCCAAUCACAACGCUGUUAACAGAUGGGUAGCAGAGGCACCAGAGCAGAGACUGUUACAGCUGCAGUAUCUCUGAAAGGAUUGACAGCUGCCUGUAUGGAAAUAACCACAUUUAUCUCAAGAGCUCCACUGUGUCAUCUUCUAUGCAGGCCUACUUUCUCUCCACAGGCAGUGGUGCAGUGAUACUGCAUGUCCAUUAUGUAAAUAUAAUACUAAGUGCAAUUAAUGCUCUGUAACCUACCAAAACUCUAAUGCAUAAGCUAAGUCCUCCACUUCUUAAGCUAGUACCCGUUUGUAACAUGGUCUGAUCUGAUUAAUUUAAACAGAAAGAAUGGAUUUGUUUUUAUUCCAACACAUCAGUCCAAACGCACGAUUGGACCUGCUUCCCUUCACAGAUUGAUUGACAGGCAGGGAUGCUAGUUUUCUGAUGUGGUUCCAUCAGUGUUUUCUGUACAUGUUGGACUAAACAACCCGUUAUUUUCAAUUAUGAUAUAGUACUUCCAUUAUUACUGUGUUUGACCUCAAAAUGUACUUUGUCAAAAGCAAAACACAGAUUGGGGCUUAAACCGUCACCCAGCUGGAUGUGUGUCCUCUCUCCCACAGCUUUGGGUCAUGUCAUGUUACUGCUCAUGUGUAAUUAAAACUAAU